AUGCUAUUCUCCCAGUGCGCAGAACUCAUCAACCCUGCAACCAGUCGUGGACUUCCACCAAAUCUCGUCGCUGAGGAACCAAGUCAAUCCUUCAUAUGGAAAGGUACCGAUAUUAUGGUCGCUGCCCUUCAGGCCGAACUCGGGUUUUUGGCCAAUCCGGUUGGCAACCAUGUUCAGACAGCAGAAAUGGGCAACCAAUCUAUCAACUCUCUGGCCCUCAUAUCCGGACGAUAUACCUUGGAGGCCAUCCAGACACUUUCACAAUUAUCCGCCGCCCACCUCGUUGCCUGCUGUCAGGCCUUGGAUCUUCGCACAAUGUCCUGCAAGUACUUGGGGACGAUGGCUACAAUCUUCAAGGAUAUGACCAGCGAAGCCUUCUCGGGUAUCUGCUGA